AUGGGGACUGUACCUGACCCUCUAAUAAUCGCUAAGACUUCCCUGAUCACAGCUUCUGGAAAAGACGACGACCUAAGAGAGAUACCGGCUGCCUCCCCUCUUCCUCAACCAGCCCUCCCGUGUAAGAACACCGAUGGCGUUUCCGGCAAGCCUCCGGGAGCAGCCCUCAGCCCCAGGGCAGCUUCUGAGGCCCUGAUGCAGGCCUGUGAGCAUGAGGCCACACGGCCAGACAUGUCUUCUCCUGGCAUCUUCAAUGAGGUGGAGAAAGCACCUUCCACACUCAACUCCCCUGGCAAUACCCAGCGGCCAGGAGACAGCGAGCCCACAGCCCCAACCCCAUGUUCUGCAGCAGCGAGGGAUCUCAUACACGCAGCCUGUACCAUGCCAGCCAGCCAGCACACCCACCAGGCCAUCCCAGGGGACCAGCCUAAUGCCAGCGCUGCCUCAGGAUCUGAAGACACCCUGGGGAAAUCACAGGGAACCUCGGAUGGAGAGCAAUCCGAGAUGCCGGGUUGUCCUGUGGGAGGCACUUGCCGCAGCAGCCAAGAUCAAGUGCCCUGUGAUUUUCCUUCUCAAGACACAAUCCCGGGAAUGGUGCAGACGGCAAACACAGCGCCUGGGGUGCUCAGUCACGCCCCCCCUCCUGCAGGGGAAGGGCAGGGAGCCAUUUCCAACUCCAAGACGAGGGCCUGUGACUCUCCAGCUGGAGAAGACGGAUGUUCAGGGAACACACAGCCCUCUGCCGCCACCUCAGUCACCCGGGCCGCAAGCUCUGUGACACCUCAACCAUCCCACCUCCCUGGCGAAGGUUCGGCGUUUCCUCCGGAGCCAGAGGAGACGCUGCUGGCACCACGGUUCAGAGAAGCAAGCACGAUGACCCAUCAGGCUGAAAACGAGGUCAAGGAUGUCCCCAGCAGGGCUCAGCAGGAUGCGGAGGUGCAGGCCGUAGCGAGUGUGGAGAGCAGGUCGGUCUCCACCAGCCCCAGCAUCCUCACCGCGUUCCUAAAGGGAAGCCCUGCUCCCGAGCGUUCGGAACAAGAGCAGCUGCGUGUCCUGUGCCACGGCAGCGGGAGCCACGCGCUGGAGCUGUCCGUCCACAAGCUGCCCCCCCAGGGGUCAGGGCAGUGCCCCGGCCUCAUGCCGGAGGUACGCAUCCAGGCAGCUGCAGCUGUCUCCACGGCGGCCCAAGGGGGUAGCAGAUUGGUGAGCCUGCCAGGGGAGGUCCUCCAGACCUCAUCCAUCAGCAAGGCAUCCAGUAAUGCCCAGGACACGUGUACUGAGGAUGGGAGGUCAGCGGGGAUGACCCCAGGGAUGACCUCCAAACAGCUUUCUGCUCAUUCUAGCUCCCUGAAAGCUAGCCUCGCAGACCAGGUUUCCACCAGCACAGGAUGUCAGGGUGAAACCAGUCACACCUUGGGGACAAUGGACACCAGGCCAUCAGAGCUGGCAGCGAAAACCACAAGUGGCCACGACUCAGACCCUGACUGCAAACUCUCCGCCUCCUGUGGCCCUGCCGGCCACACUGACCCGUCCGGGGGCUUGGACCCCGCGAAUCAAGGAGAUGCAAGAGGGAAGAAGCCUGCACCUCUCCCGACAGGAACAGAACAAGGACCCAAAGGCACGGAUCUCCUGGAGGGGAAAGCCAGGGCAGAGGCCACCACCCUCCUGCUCCAUCCUAAAUCUCAAGGAAGCGGAGGCUCGGGGUCAGCUGCCAGUCCCAUACCCUCCCCGGGAAGGAAUCCGCAGGAGGGCGCCAGGCCGGCCACCAGCCUGAGCCUGCCGUCCGAGUCCAUGGGUGGGGGGGACUCCAGCCCCAGUUCGGGCAAGAAGACCCCUUCGCGCUCGGUCAAGGCCAGCCCACGCCGGGCCAGCCGGGUGAGCGAGUUCCUCAAGGAGCUCAACGUGACGGCGCAGGCGGGGCUCACGCCGGGGGAGAAGAAGAAGCAGCUGGGCGCCGAGGCCAAGCUGCAGCUCAAGCAGUCCAAGCGGGUCCGGGACGUGGUGUGGGACGAGCAGGGCAUGACGUGGGAGGUGUACGGCGCCUCCCUGGACCCGGAGUCGCUGGGCGUCGCCAUCCAGAACCAUUUGCAGAGGCAGAUCCGGGAGCACGAGAAGUCCAUCAAAGCGCAGAGCGGCCAGGCCCGGAGGUCCAUCUCCUCGGACACCUCUUCUUCCCAUAAGAAGCUCAAGGGCAGGCAGCACGGCGUGUUCCAGGCCAUGCUGCAGAACUUCCGGCGCCCCAACUGCUGCGUGCGCCCCGCCCCGUCCUCUGUGCUAGACUGA